AUGAACAACAAUAAUAUUAGCAACACUGAUAAUAUUAAUUUCCGUGAAUUGGCAUUGACUAAAUAUGGUACUAUUCAACAGUUGAUUCAACAAGGUAUAUGGAGAGGUGAGUUCUACUCCAAAGGUCAAUUGACAAGAAAUGACAGAGGUUGGUUAUGGAAAACUAUUGUUUUGCAUAGCGAUCUAGAUUGUGGACCUGAUAACAAUAUUAAGAAUAAUAAUGAUAAUAAUGAUAAUAAUAAUGAUAGUAAUUUACUGCCUGUCCCUAUUGUCACCGAUGAUAACGCAGAUUCUCCAUUGGUAGGUGAACCUACCAGUAAAAAUAAUGGUAACGGAAAUAAUGAUAGUAGUAAUAGAACUCAUAAUAAUCACAAUGAUGAUAACAACAAAAGUAAUAAUGAUAAAGCUAACGAUACUGGAAAAAAAUUGAACAGAGGAAUAAGACGCUUAACUCCAAUUCAAACGUUAAGUCAUCCAUUGAAUAAAAACAGUAUAAAUGAAGGAAACAAUGCCACGAAAAAUACAGUUGUCGAUGAUGAAAGCAUUUCAAUGUCAUUGUCAGACACUUUGGACAUUAUAGAUUUGGAUUUAUCAAGAUUAUUAUUAGAUCCUAUAUUUCAAGAAAAUAAAGUUCAUGCUCAAAUGAGACAAAUACUUUAUAAUUAUAUGAUUAUUUUACAGAAAAAUGAAGAACUGAAUACCACCAUUAAAAUUAAUAGAAAUUAUCAACAAGGUUUUCAUGAAAUUUUGGGUUUAAUAUAUCUACAACUAUAUCAAACUUCAGAGGAUGAUGACAGAAUCGCAAUGAUGAAUAUAUUAAAAGUUUAUACAAAAUUAAUGAAACAAGUAGUUCCAAAUUUUUAUACAAGAUCCUCAUUAAUUAGUUGGGAAACUGAAAAAUUUCAACCUAUAUUAGAAAAAUGUUCAACAUUGCUAUACGAUAAAUUAUAUAUACAAAAUGACGAGUUUUCAAAUUUGAUUUGGUUACUACGAUGGACAAGAUUGUUAUUCAUUAGAGAACUGCCAAUGGAUUAUGUGGUGAUAAUAUGGGACCACAUUUUAACUUUCCAAUAUCCCCUAGAUAUCUUUAUGGUAUGUUUAAUUAUCACAUUGCUAUUAAAUAUAUUCGAAGAUAUAAUCGAUGAAGAUGAGGAUGCGGAUAAUGAUGAAUUGAUAGAAAAACUGUUACAUUAUAAGAAAACAUCUGGUGUUAAAUUGAUUGAUUGUGUCGAAUUGUGUAAAAUUGCGGGAAACCUAUGCGAACUAUGGUCGUAUGAAAAUUAUGAAGAUAUGAUGUGUAUCUGUGAUACGUUUGUCAAAGUUAGAGUUGGUGAAGAAAAAUUCAAUAGGUUGAAUGAAAUUCUUAAAGAUAAAGCAGCAAGAAAAAAUGCUAAUAGCAACGUUGUGGAUCCAAAUAGAAAACGACUAGAAGAAAAGUUGAAAAACAGGGUCAAGAGACUAACGAUAAAUUUUAAAAGAUGA